AUUAGUAUUUUGAAAACGUUUUGCAUUAGCAAUCUAAUUAAACGGAAAAAUGUUUUCUAAAAUUUCCUUUAUACUUUUAAGCAUUGGCCUCUGUGGCCUGGUGCAGGCAACUCCUAUAAGCGAUUUUGCUAAAAAUGUUGAAUCAAGUGUUGAAAACCUACUUGGUAUUCAUUGUAUGGUGGAUUCUGUUCUUAAUUUAGAGGAUGCUGCCGAUGAGUUUACCUAUCAAAUCUCUAAGAGUUGUGGAGCUGAUGCUGUAAAAAAUUUAGCUACUGAACUUGCUGACAUCAAGGCUCUUAUGAAAUUAACCACAAAGGUGAUUGAUACCAAUGAUGAUGAAAAUAUUUGUGAUAAUUCAGCAUUUGAUGAAGAUUUAGAUAGUGAUAAAAAACCCUCUAGCUAUUGUGCGGCCCAACUUAAAAACCAAAUGGCAAAUCUGUUGACUUCAUUUAAGACAACUAAGAAUGAUGUAACUAGAGGUUUAAAUCAAUCCUAUAGUAACGUAGCUUGUGUCAAAAUGGCCAUGUCAAAUUUCAAAUACUUUUUAAAUAGUUUUCCUCAACGCAUUGAAACAUGUGCUCAACUUGCUGCUGAUGUUUAAUACUAAGAUAUUUUAAAAUAUUUUAAAUUUAUAUGUAAUGAUAUAUUUCUAAUAAAUACAAAUUGAGGAACAUUAAAA